AUGAAUGUGUCUGGAACGGGCAAUGAAGUCCAAGUGCUACCAGAAGGUAACAGCAAUUCUUAUUGGUUCCUGGGAGUAUGCCUUGCCGUUUUGGGCACGCUGGCCGGCACCAUCGGCAAGCAAAUGGUUCGCUGCUCCAAGCUGGCCAAAGAGAGGCGGAAGCAGAAGGAGGGGAACCUCCUCCUCCUUGCCGGCCUGGCGCUGCAGGUGGCCUUGAACCCGGCCUGCGACGUCGCCGGCUACGCGCUGGCGCCGGCCUCGGUCAUCGCCCCGGUGACCGGAAUGGACAUUGUCUGGAACACGCUGAUCGCCCCCUGUUCUUUGGGAGAGACCCUGACGCCCCGCCGGCUCUUCAGCGCUGCGAUCAUUUUCUUCACAGCCACGACCUCCGUGUUCUUCCGGCAGAUCAACGAGGUGAACUGGAGUGCUGAGUACGUUCAGCAUGUCCUUCUGCAGUCGCGGACCAUGGUCUACGGCCUCUGUUUCACUGGCUGGUUCCUCUUCAACACGCUGGUCUUGAUGAAGUAUCCCAACGGUUCUGCAGUACGCGGCUUCUCCCUCGGGGCAACUGCAGGCACGCUGGCAGGGAACAUGUGGUGCACGAAGAUUGUGGCUGUGCUACUGGAGCAAUGCUUCGGUGGGAACUGUUUGGCUUGGACGAAACCUGUGUCAUGGUUCGCCACCACCGCCGCAAUUCUUUUCAGUACCACGAACCUCUACUUCAUCUCUCUGGGCCUUCAGCAUUACGAGGCUCUCUUCAUGGUCACAGUCUUCAUGGGCUCGAACAUCGUCACCAACAGCCUCAGUGCUAUCGUCGUUCUCGCAGAGAUGGAUGAGGCUCCGUGGUGGAAGCUCGGUGGCUACGUGCUUUGCAUCCUUGGCAUGAUGGCGGGGCUGGUGUUGUUGACUGAAGGUGAAAAGGAGUCGCCCGGCAACCACUCCCGCUUCGCACCGGCGAGCCUGGAGGAAGUUGAGCUCUCGAGCUUUGAUGUGAGGUCCUUCGGGGUGUUGAUUCUCGUGCAGAUCCUCUUCGUUCUAUACGGUGCAUACGCAGCCUACGAGAUCCGCCUCUAUCCCAUCAAGGACUACGGCUACAUCAUCCACGAGUUUGAUCCUUGGUUCAAUUACCGGGCUGCAGAAUACCUCGCAGAGAAUGGCCUGAGAAAGUUCUUCCAAUGGUAUGACUACGAGUCCUGGUAUCCACUUGGCCGGCCAAUCGGCACAACGAUCUACCCCGGCAUGCAGAUGACUGCGGUUUGGAUCUGGGAGGCCAUGAAGAUGAUUGGCAGCUUCAAGGUGGAGACCCCCUCCUCCCUGGUCUUGGCGUUGAGGCCCUUGCUCUCCUACUUGAAGCAAUCUGGCUGGAAGUUCGUGCCUUCGUUGAAGCCCUCUUACGACUUUAGCCCCAUGAGCGUCAACGACAUCUGCUGCAUGAUCCCGCCUUGGUUCGGCACCUAUGCGUCCCUCUUCACGGGGCUCUUGACCUACGAGAUCUCCCGGAGCGUGAACGCGGGGGUCUGCGCCACGCUGAUCAUGGCCAUCAUCCCUGCACACCUGAUGAGGUCCGUAGGAGGGGAAUUCGACAACGAAGCCGUGGCCGUCACUGCCAUCUGCUCCACCUUUUGGCUGUGGAUUCUGAGCGUUCGGACGCCGAAGCACUGGCCUGUGGGCUUGCUGGCCGGCCUCUCCUACAUCUACAUGGUGGCGGCUUGGGGAGGCUACAUCUUCGUGAUCAACAUGGUCGGCAUCCAUGCCGCCAUGCUUUGCGCCUUGGGCCGAUUCAACUCUGGCGUCCACAAAGCCUACAGCAUCUUCUACGUGGUGGGUGUCCUCGGGGCGAUGCAGAUCCCCGUGGUGGGCCUCCAGCCGCUGCGCUCCGUCGAACAGCUCGGGCCGCUGAUGGUUUUUAUGGGCUUCCAGGUUUUGGCUUUCUGCGACUUCCAAAGGAGAAGGCAGAAGAUGCAGGCCAUGGAGUUUGCCAUCUACCGCGCAAAGGUCGUGGCUUUGCUGAUCGUCUCCACUCUCCUAGUUUGUGCCGCGUUGUACCCGACCGGGUACUUUGGUCCAAUCUCCUCGAGAAUACGAGGAUUGUUCGUGAAGCAUACGAAGACCGGGAACCCCUUGGUGGAUUCGGUGGCCGAGCAUCAGCCCGCCAACCCGUCCAUGUAUGCCAGCUACUUGAACCUUCCGUUAGACUAUGCAGUGCUCGGCGGCUUCGUGUGUCUCGGGCGGCGCAACAACGGUUUCCUCUUCCUCUGCUUGUACGGCUUCGUGGCGCAGCACUUCUCAGGUAAGAUGUCCCGUUUGGUCCUGAUUUGCGGGCCCAUCGUCUCCGUGGCGUGUGGGAUCUGGUGCGGCUUCGUCUUGGACCAGUUGAUCGAGCCCUUCCUGAUCCUUCUGGGCAAGAAAGGAUACACCCGGCCGCCGGCGCCUCCCAGCGAGGACAGCAAAGCGCCCAAACCACCAGAGAGUGGCAAGAGCGAGGCCAAGGGAAAAGCCGCUGCAAAGGACAGUGGCAAGGCGAAGAAAGGUCCCAAGAAGGCUUCCGGCUCUUCACCGGUGGAGCUCGAUUGGACCCUGGAGGAGUGGGAGGAGGACCAGCGCCCAGGUGGUGCCAACCAGCUGCUUCGAAUCUUCGAAGGCCAGUUGCGAAAGUCUCAGACCGACGGAAUCGAAGCCUACAGGGAGAUCAGGGCCACCAUGGACAACAACCCCGGAGUGCUGGCCGGGCGAGGGGUCAUCUCCCUGGUCGUACUGCUCUACGCCGUCUACGUCAGCUCUCUGUCUGUGAAAAUUCCGACUUUCAUCCGGCAUUGUGACCAAGUAGCCAGGUCACUCUCCAACCCACAGGUGGUCUUCAUGUCGCGUGACAGGCAGGGCAACAAUUUCAUAGUGGACGACUACUUGAAAGGCUACCAGUGGAUAGACCAGAACACACCGAAAGACUCGCGGGUCAUGGCCUGGUGGGAUUACGGUUACCAGAUCACGGGCAUCGCCAGGAGGACCUCCAUUGCGGACGGCAACACAUGGAAUCACGAGCACAUCGCUACGUUGGGUCGAACGCUGACCAGCAGCGAGAAGAAGGCCCAUAAUGCCAUCCGGCAUCUGGCAGACUACGUCCUCGUGUGGGCCGGAGGUGGUGGCGACGACCUAGCGAAGUCGCCGCACCUGGCGAGAAUCGGAAACUCUGUGUUUCCGGACCAUUGCGGAGACGACGACCCGAAGUGCAACAAGUUUAGCUUCUACGCUGACCACUCACCGACUCCGAUGAUGGCAAGAUCCUUGCUUUACAAGCUUUGCCAGCACAACGUCAGUCCUGGAGUGAAGGUGAACGAGAAGCUCUUCAAGGAGGCCGCUGCAGCACAGCAGCACAGCAUGGCGCCGGCCGUUUCCAGCACGGCUUGGUGGAAGGUUCACACGACCAAGCACGGCUUGAUGCGGGUGUACCAAGUCAUGAACGUCUCUCAAGAAAGCAAGGAUUGGGUCUGCGACUUACUGGAAAGAGGAGGCCGCCUAAGCCUGAGCAGCCUAAGCAUGACCUGA